UUUGGUACGUAGUUACACAAACCUCACAGCUCUGUUCCUGAGCUGUCUUCAAAUCUCUUUGAUGAUGUCGAAAUCUAUGAGCAUAUCAGUGAACGGACAGUCUCAAGUGCCACCUGGGUUCAGGUUUCACCCGACAGAGGAAGAGCUGUUGCAGUAUUAUCUCCGGAAGAAAGUUAACAGCAUCGAGAUCGAUCUCGAUGUCAUUCGCGACGUUGAUCUCAACAAGCUCGAGCCUUGGGAUAUUCAAGAGAUGUGUAAAAUAGGAACAACGCCACAAAACGACUGGUAUUUUUUUAGCCACAAGGACAAAAAAUAUCCGACGGGAACGAGAACUAACCGAGCCACUGCGGCGGGAUUUUGGAAAGCAACGGGCCGUGACAAGAUCAUAUAUAGCAAUGGCCGUAGGAUCGGGAUGAGAAAGACUCUUGUUUUCUACAAAGGCCGAGCUCCUCACGGCCAAAAGUCUGACUGGAUCAUGCAUGAAUAUAGACUCGACGACAACAUUGUUUCCCCUGAGGAUGUCACCGUUCGUGAGGUAGUGAAUAUUAUAGGGGAAGCAUCACAAGACGAAGGAUGGGUGGUGUGUCGAAUUUUCAAGAAGAAGAAUCUUCACAAAACCCUAAACAGUCCCGUCGGAGGAGCUUCCCUGAGCGGUGGCGGAGACACAGCGAGGACGUCGUCGUCUCAGAUCUUCAACGAGGACACCCUUGAGCAAUUUCUCGAACUUAUGGGGCGAUCUUGUAAAGAAGAGCUAAAUCUUGACCCUUUCAUGAAACUCCCAAACCUGGAAAGCCCUAACAGUCAAACAAUCAACAACUGCCACGUGAGCUCUCCCGACACUAAUCACAAUAGCCACGUCAGCAACGUGGUGGACACUAGCUUCGUUACUAGCUGGGCAGCUUUGGACCGCCUCGUGGCCUCGCAGCUUAACGGACCCACAUCAUACUCAUCAAUGGCAGCUGUCGACGAGAGCCACGUGGAUCAAGACCAUCCGUACCCUAGCCUAAACCGGUCCGCUUCGUACCACGCCGGUUUACCUCAGGAAUACACGCCGGAGAUGGAGCUAUGGAAUACGACGACGUCGUCUCUAUCGUCAUCGCCUGGCCCAUUUUGUCACGUGUCGAAUGGUAGUGGAUAACGGAAGCGGAGGGAGAGAGAGAGACACACACACAGAGAAGACAUUUCACAUUUGUGUAAAAAGAUAUAAUCAUACCAUAUAGUUGUUGAAACAUUAAAAAGAAAGUCAGAUUUGUGAUAAUUACAGUGGUUAUGAGAUAUUGUAAAAUAGAUUAAUAUAAUUAAAAAAAUUAAAGAGGAGAAUAAAGAUCACAA